ACGUAUUGAAUUGAUCAAUACUUACUUUGUCAACAAAUUCAAAAUAAGUGAACUAAAUUACAAUAAAAUACAUUUUCUGUAUGCGAAGUUAAUAGAUUUCUGUUCAAUUGUGUAAUAUACAUACAUACUUGACAAAAUGGCUGUGGAAAAGCCCGAAAAACCGAAGCCCAGCGUGACUGUUCCAAAGAAAUCUCGACUAGAAAUGAAUGUGAGACUGCUGUUGAACAAAUGCGAGCUGAUGGCCAAACAGGAACCUAUUGACGACAAUUGUAGGCUCACGCAGUACGUGGAGGCUUUGAACGAAAUGAUAGCAGAACUCAAAACUAGUAAAGAUAAGCCAGCAAAAGAACACCUAGCGGAAUAUGUGAAAAGAGCUUCUUUCUUAAAAGGGGUUGUACAAACAGCUUCGUUAAAUACUCCUAGUGAAAAGUUAGAAGCAGUCCAGUUGCUGUCACAUGGAGCAGCCACCAUGUCUGCUGAUGCAUCAGCUCAAGAGAUACACCAGAAGACUAGGGUUAAAUAUGGAGUUGAGCUCAGAUCUGAAUUAUUUGGACUAGAAGACAGUGAUGAUACUCUACGAAAGAGGAAUAUUAUCAAAGCUCCAAACUUCACAAGCAACAGUAGUGGCCAGGAGGACAUAGACUCCUUGCUCAAAUACCACCAGAAUAUGCAGGAGAAGGUUGCGGAGAAUAUGGUGCUGCUCACCAAGAGCUUGAAAGAACAGUCUCAGAUUGCCAGCACGAUUAUUAAAGGAGAUACUGAGGCUUUGAAGAAAUCUUCGGAGCUGACAGAUCGCAACAUCUCCUCAUUGAAGGUGGAAUCAGAUAGAUUGCAGGAGCACAGUAAGAGUGCUUGGAAGUGCUGGCUGUGGAUCAUGCUGGCUAUAGUCAUGGCUAUCUUUAUAAAUAUGGUGCUCUUCAUGAAGGUUAUGAAAAAGAAAGCAGUCACAUAAAGGUAUGUAUUGUAAUUCCAUGUGAUUAGCAGAAAGUGACAAGAUCAUAUCUAGUUCCAUUAUUAUAAUAAUAAUA